AUGACCGGUUUGUCCCUCGAGCGUCUGCAGCGAACGCUGGUGGGGCCGGGCCUGAAGCAGCCCCAGCGCCAAGCAGCCCCCCCGACCCCGGUCCAGGCAGCUGGGCUGGGGCCGCCCACCCCGGGAGACCCCGCUGGCCCUGCUGGGGCCCAGAACCCUAAAGGCCCGGUCGCCACAGAGGCCGUCGGCCGGAAAGCCGAGUCCUCUCUUCUCGGGAGCUGGUGCCGAGGGCCCGGACAGCAGGAUGGCGGGGACCAGGCGCGCAAGGUGACUGAGAGGCCCCGGUGCAAGUCAACAAGCACCCCAGAUGGUUUUCCCAAGGGCUGGGUGUUUGAGAAGCACAAGAGGGCCCAGGCUGGGUGCCCUGCUCCCGAAGGCUCCCCACCUCGAGGCGUGCGGGGCCGACACGCAGGGGCACUCAUCACCUGUUCAGACGUGAGCAGGUCGGGCCACGUCCCUGGGGGUGCGGUUCUCCAGCCCGACCCUCCCCUGGGCCUAGCUGCACACGGGCUGAGAGCACCAGCCACAGUCCUGCUCUCCCUCCCUCCCCCUAAGCAAGCACCAGGGCGCAGGGGGAACACCGGGGCUCAGAAAGCUGGGUUCACUCUAUGA